AGAUGUGUUAACUUCUUCAGGAAUGCGUGUCAAGAACAUUCAUUUUUAAAUUUAAUACAUAGCAUUGUAGCAAGGAAUCAUAAUCACGUGUUAUGUAAUCUAAUUUAUUGCGUUUGCCAUACAGAUAAUUUAGAUUAUGGACGACGCUUCCAAUAUUCUGAGAGACAUUGAGAGGAAAGUCAGUGUUGGCGAUAACCAGAAGUCAUUUAAUUUACUCUACAGUUCCGUUGAUAAGGUUUAUGUUGAUGAUUUCCAUACCAAGUGUGAUGGUAAAGGACCAACACUAACCGUUCUUUAUGGAAAAUACAACACCAUAUUUGGCGGCUACACAAGCCAAGAGUGGUGCUCAGACAAACAGAGAACCAAACGAGAUGAAAACGCCUUCUUGUUUUACAAGAAUGAUCAUGCGGAGGCUACGUGUACUUUCCUACCAAUUAAAGAAAAAUAUGUUGAUAGGGCAAUAACAUGUGAUGCAAACUUCGGACCAACUUUCGGAGGGGGUGUCUUUUUCUGGGAGGCUUAUGACCUUCAAACGUUCAAGAAGGACAAUAGAAAGUCAGAAAGUGAAAGAGAAUCAGGCUCCUAUAUGAAACUUAACGGAACUGUGAAUUUCGGCCGCGCGUAUGGCUUAGAAGAUAACCAAAUGCCAAGGAGAGGGGCUUCGGCAACGAGAAGGGAGGCGAGAUUUGAAGAUAGUUUUAGGGAGAAUUGCACAAUAGGAACUCCACACCAGAAAGACAUAAACGCUGGGGCGUUAGUUGUUAAACGGAUAGAGGUUUAUCAAGUUGUAGACGACCAGCUUCAAGAACCAUGGAGGACUAAACCAUCAGAUACUGAAAUGGAAGAAAUAAAGAAGAAACUAGAGAAAAUGGAACCAUUGCCAGGCCUUGGUAUCAAAACAUAUAACAUACUACUUGUGGGUGUCAUCGGGUCUGGAAAAUCAAGCUUCUAUAAUACCCUGGCAACCGUUUUUAUGGGUGCUGUGAAGUCUCACGCACCAGCAAGGGAUGCGCCAACAAGUGUAACAAACGAAAUCCACGCAUAUGAGCUGAAAUCAAAGAGUGGAAAGCCUUUAAAUCUCCGAAUAUUUGAUAUCAGAGGUUUUGAAGCUGAAAGGGGAUAUGAGCACGAGUUUGACCUACUUCUGAACGGUAGAUUACCAAUUGGAUUUAGUUUUCCAGAUCAACCAGGGCCUAUUCAACAAGGUGACUUUGUAAAAGCAAGUUUGAAAGAUGAAAUACAUUUGGUGUGCUUUGUUACCGGGACUUCAAAUUUAGACACUAUCACGGACGAUCUACAUAAACGUAUACUAAGUAUACAAAAAUCUAUCAACACGAAAGGUUUACCAAUGGUUGUUGUUGCAACCAAAUUUGACGACCUUUGUCAGAAAAUAUCCGAGGAUGCUAACAGAGUCUACAAAAGUCCAAAAGCUCGCGAUGCAACGAAAACAGUUUCACAUUUCUUUGGUAUACAAGAAAAACACAUAUUUCCAAUUGUGAACUACGUUAAUGACGAAACUACAAAAGACGGCAAAGAUAGACUAGCGCUACAGGCAUUGAAUACUAUGGUUGAGCUUACUAGAGAUUACCUCGAAAACCACAAAGAGAUGGCCUCAAAACUUGACAGGUGGUCAGAACGUGCAAGCAAGUUACAUAUACCGAGGCAUUCCAACGAGAAAGAAAUCGAGCUAAUGAAGAUUAGGGCUGAACUUGAAGAACUCGGCGACAAUGUUCUACGUGUUCUUUGUGUGGGACCCGUGUAUAGUGGGAAAACAAGCUUCAUCGAUUCGAUUUCAUCUGUGUUGAGAGAUGAAAUAUAUUCUAAAGCAACGGGAGGCUAUGCAACUGGUAGAAAACCAAAGGAUGGACAUUUCGUAGCUACAACUGAGAGGUAUAAAAUGCAUCAAAUGAAAUACAAGCACGAGUCUGAAGAGAUAAUUGAUAGCAAUGUGUUUAUUGGAGAUAUACCAGGUUUUCAAGAAUCUGAAGGCAUACAGUUGAACGAUGUCAAAAAUGUCAUUCUUGGACAUGUGCCAAUAAAAUAUAAGAUUAUACAAGGCAUGAAGAGGGAUUCCAAAAGGUUUAAGCCCCGACCACUCAAAAAGGACAAAGUACAUUGUGUUUGUUUUGUGUUUGAUAUAUCUACACCUGCUGACGAGCUCUCAGAAAAAAUGCAAAAGAUAUUUAAAUCUCUACAAGCAUGGCUGCUUGACAAAGAUAUUCCUUACAUUGUCAUUUUGACAAAAGGAGAUUUACUCAGUGACGUGGUUGACGAAUGCAAACUUCACGUAUUUGAAAACAAAACUUUAAAAGAAAACAAAGACAAACUGAUAGACAUGUUCAAGUUUAAACAAAGUAAAAUGUUUCCAGUGAUAAACUAUAUACAUGAAGAUACAUUGGUACCAGAAUCUGACGCUUUACUUUUAUCGGCUUUCAAAGACAUUCUCAAGCUUGGUAAGGAAUAUCUGGAGGAUAUCGGUGAGGAUGGUUCUGAUGACAGUGAUGAUGAAGAAAAUGGAUCAGAGACAUAGUUACAUUCAGUUUUAUUUUGGUCAGAUUUCGACAGAAAAAUAUUUGUAACCGACCUACCCGGACAAAUGGAAAAAUCUUCCUGCUAUUAAUGAUUGUUUCUUAGCAUAGUUGCUCUAAACAUAAGUUUAGAUAAGACAACAGAGAGGUAUAUGCCUAAUUUCAAGAGCUCAGUUACGACUUUACACAACUGAAAGUUCAUUUACAAGGGCAAGGAAUAAAACUUACCCAAUAAUAUUAACAGGGAGAUUUAAAGGAUAAAUGCCUUAUAGCUAUAAUAAUGAUAUAUUUCUAUAAAGUUUAUAAACAGUAGAACUAUAUUGUUUGGAUAGUGUUAAUAGAGUUGUAUACAAAAUGUCUCUGUUACUUAAUUCACGUGAUUAUUGUUAGUAAACAGGAUUAUAAGUUCUGGAACGAAAUAUUAUUCUGCUAUUUUAAUAUGGUUUAAACAAUUUAGGAACGAUUUCGUCUAAGGUGUUUCGUGUAUACGCUAUUGGCUUUUAAAAACCAAACAAACAUAUUUCUUUCAUACAAGUAUUUUGGAAUCAUUAUUUUUCAAAUUUCAAACUUACAGGCAGCAGAUAAAAGCUUUAUAUGAGAAUACUUUAAGGAGCAGUAUAUACAUUUACCUGGAACAAAAAUAUUGAAAAGUCCAGCAUAUCUUUAUAACUCGAGGGGUACCGUAAUCUUCAUGGUCGUAACUGUUGAAUAUUCCAAGAAAAUUUUGUAUCAUUUGUAUAAUAUAUUUGAACUGCAUUGUCUUAAUAUCUGAUAACUUUUGAGUCUUGCUUUGACUAAAACCAUAUUCUUAUUCAUAUUCAAAUUGGCUAUUCAUAUGAAAUAUUUAUUUGCUUUUAAACAAGUACAAUAAAUUUAUUUUACUUGUACAUAUUGAGUGUGCAUUUGGAGAGUAUAUAAUUUCAAUUUCUUAAAUUGAAACCGCAUCAGCCUUAUCAUGCAUUUGCCGAUAUGAUACAUGCGUAUUGGUUUCACAUACAGUGUAAGGCAUAUGUACAUUAACAUUAUCAAUACAUGUAUAGGUUGUAUGAUGAGUAUAACAAUGAUAUUAUGAUGAGUAUUAUAGUGAUACGUUUUAAUCAGCUUUCUUAAAGUCAAUAUAUACUUUCUG